UGUGGUCAUGUGAGCAGUGUUGGGGGGGAAAAUGACAGCUGGGGUCAGCGUUUUUACGUUCUCUGUUGUUUAUUUAUUUUGCGUUUUAUUUAUUUUAUCCAGUGUCUCCGUCGACGGCCAGCCCACUGAUGCUCAGUUAUGCCACAUGUGUGAAGGAGCUGUACAGAACCACAGUGCUGUGUGGAGGUUCUGCCUGUCUGAAGGCAGGAUUGAGGGUCGGUGCUGUUUUCAGGAUGAAGAGGAGAACAUUCUGGGACUGGAUUUAUCUAACUGCUCUCUGAGUCACGUGGAGGAUCUCCAGGAAGCUUCUGCAGCAGUUAUCGUAGACCUCUCGAGCAACCCUGUUUCCAAUAUGAGUGAUUUUAUAUUCCAAGGUUUUAAUCAUCUCAGCUACCUCAUACUACCCAUAAAACUGGACUGUCCUGGUGGCAACACAUCAUGGGACAGAGUCGACAUUAACCAUGAUACGCGGUUCUGUGAAGGACAGAGGAAUGCCUGCAAUCUAACGGGGCAGAUUUCCUUGGAUUGUCCUGAGAACUCAGUCUGCAUGCCAUACGGACCGGGAUUCUUUCAGUGCAGCUGUGCUCAGAACUUCCAUGGAUACAAGUGCCUAAGAGAGGGCAAUUUUCCAAUGCUGGAAGUCAUGGCAACAUUAGGUGGGUCCACAGUUGUUGUUUCACUGUUACUAUGGAUCACUCAACGGCGAAAAAUAAAAGGCACCUGAGUGGCCACUGGUAGAAAGCUGUAGGAAACACUGAACACAUUGAAAUGCACUGUGUUAGUGAUAAAAUGUCUGAAAAGAAAAGAUUGAUCUGUUUCAGGAAGAAGAAAAAAAACAAAACAGACUCUAAGUACAUGAGGAAAUUCAAUUCUACAUUUUUUUAGAUGGUGCUCAGAGUUGCCAGUUCUAGACAAAUAACAGACACUGUAAUAACCUGCAUGAUUAUACAGAUACACUUAACACUGUGAGGUACUUCCUUUUUGAAUAGCAGGUUUAUGCUGUGCCAUCUCGUAAAUUGUGGUCAAAUAUUUUAAGCCAAAAUAACUUUAUCACUGCAAAUGAACAGCUGUUGAGGACCAGUUGCUAGAAUGGUAUAAUGUGCAUGUGGCAAGUGGUGCGUCAAGAUUAGAGAUGGUCUCCUUCAUAGGUCAAUUCUGUAUUUAAAAAAAAAAAAAAAAAAAAGGCGGCUACAGUCUAAACUUAAUGCUACAAAACCUGCAUGACUGACAUUAUUUGAGAUUUGAGAUGUCAUUUGUUGUGGUUUUUGAUUGUUGUGAACUACAUACAUGAAUCCAUUUUACUCUGUAUAUGUUAUCGCAGCAAAAUAAUGACUAUUUUGCUGUUGCCAAAUAUGUUCACAUUGAACUUUACAAUAUGCAUCACAAGCAUCAAAAAGACAGACUAAAACUUAAAAUGUACAUUUAUGAAUAACAGGAAUCACUUUUUUUUUUUUUUUUUAAUCCAGUAAAUUGUGUUGUAUGCAUCUGGCAUUAUACGUGUCCUCACAAGUAAUAUCUGUUAUUAUCAAGAUAUGAAAUAUACAAAGGGCAAAUGCCAUGAUUAAAAAAUAAAUGC